UGAAGGUGGGUCCAGAAAGUUGACCAAGCAGAAGAAACCCGCGCUGCCUGUCGACUGCUCCUUCGCCUCCUAUCAAGGCAGGCUACUUGUUCGAACGUCCCACGGUUGCUGGGUCGUCCCGCCCAUCUUCAAGCUCACUCCCAAACAUGGGGGAAAUCGUUUUGCCACGGCGCAUGUUCCUAUGGUGCAUGGCGGUCCUGUAUUUGAUUGCAUUUGUUUCUCUUUUUAUGCAAAUUCCAGGUCUCUAUGGCAACGAGGGUCUCCUCCCUGCUCGUAAGCAGCUGCGCUUCACCGGCAAGCCUCUGGGCGAGCAGCUGCUGGCCUCGCCCACCUUGCUGUGGCUGAGCCCCCACCUGGGCCUUGACACGCAGUCGGCAAUGGAGUUACUGUGCCUGGUGGGGGCGGCGCUCAGCCUGGCCGCCACGCUGGUGUCGGCGCUGCGGGACAGCGUGGUCUUCUUCUGCCUCUGGGCCUUGUACUUGUCCAUGUACCAGGUGGGGCAGGUUUUCCUCUAUUUCCAAUGGGACAACCUUCUGCUGGAGGCGGGCUUCCUCUGCAUCCUUGUGGCUCCAAUGACGCUCAUUAGGGGCUCUCGAGCGGUCUACGAGCAUGACCGCAUUACAUUUUGGCUGGUCCGGUGGCUGCUCUUUCGCCUCAUGUUUGCCUCUGGAGUGGUGAAACUAACCUCACGCUGUCCUACUUGGUGGGGCUUAACCGCGAUGACCUACCACUAUGAAACCCAGUGUAUUCCCACUCCGCUGGCUUGGUUUGCCCACCAGUUGCCCGUGUGGUGGCAGAAGCUGAGUGUGGUGGGCGCCUUCGUCAUCGAGAUCGCCGUACCGCUGCUUUUCUUCAGUCCUCUGCGCAGACUGCGACUCUGCGCUUUCUACUUGCAGGUUCUGCUGCAAGUGCUGAUCGUUUUGUCGGGCAACUACAAUUUCUUUAACCUUCUGACCAUGGCCCUUUGUUUGUCCUUGCUGGACGACCGGCACGUACGCUCGUGGCUGCGCACGUCAGAACACGCCAAACACAAAAAGUCCAAACUGCAGUCCUGGCUGUGCAACAUUUUGGAACUCACUGUCUUGUCUCUGAUUAUCUUUGGCGCAAUUGUGUGUUUUGACCUGAAAGUAGACACGACAGCAAGAGCCAUCACUUCCAAAAUGGCAUUCACCUUCCACCACUUUAGCCACUUUCUGAAGAGUGUCACAUUCCCAUGCGUGUGGAUCGGUGUUCUCUCCCUCACUUGGGAGAUUCUUGGAGCCAUGUACAGGUGUGCGUGUGUCUCUGGUUUUCUGAGGAGGCUGUGGUCUACUCUCCAAUGGACGGCAUUUGCUGCUGCUGCGGCCACCAUGUUCACCAUCAGCCUGAUGCCUUUCACCUACAUAGAAUAUGACUCAAAUUCCAAACUGUGGCCCGGCGUGCGUCAAGUCUACAAUCUUGUGGAUAACUACCAGCUGGUUAACUCGUAUGGGUUGUUCCGAAGGAUGACUGGCGUGGGUGGGCGGCCCGAGGUCGUCAUAGAGGGAAGUUACGACGGCGUCACCUGGACGGAAAUCGACUUUAUGUAUAAACCUGGCAACCUGAGCACUCCGCCCCCCUUCGUGACACCUCACCAGCCCCGCUUGGACUGGCAGAUGUGGUUCGCCGCCCUCGGGAGUUCCUCGCAGGCGCCGUGGUUCACCAGCCUCAUGUACCGACUGCUGCAGGGCAAGAUGGACGUCAUUGAGCUGAUCCAGGCGGAUGUCACUCGUUACCCUUUCCACCAGAAGCCCCCGACCUAUGUACGAGCCCACCGCUACAGAUAUUGGUUCACGGAACCCAAAGAGGACGGAUCAUACCCCCAGAGGUGGUGGAGGAGGGUCUACAGUGAUGAAUUUUUUCCUGUGGUGCAUCUGGGCCACCCGUUCCUCGAGGGCAUGCUGACUCAACAUGGACUCAAGGAAAAGGCACCACCACGCCGCAAGUUGAACUCCGCCGUGGCCCGGGCGGUGCAGUGGGUGCGCGCCCAGGUGUCGGGAUUCCCUGCCCCUGUGCUCAUCUGGACCCUGGUUGGUUGCAGCGCCACCCUGUGUCUGCUGCUGGCAUUGCCCAGGAAACAAAAGCACGUCACGGGCAAUUCCGAUCAGAAAGACACUCCGCCCAACGCAAAAAAGACAAUGGAUGAGGAUGACGAACCUCUUAAGGACGAAGAGGAGCGUGGGAGUGAAAACGUGGGUGAAGUUGAGGAGGAUGGUGAUGAGAAAGAUGGAGAGGGGCUCACCACUGAUGAUGAGGAGGAGGAGGAAAAAGUAGAGUCGGAAGUGGAAGAAGAGUGAUGAAAAAGGGGCUGAUGUUACCAAAUUGAGCCAAGAGAUAUGUGUUUGUGUAUAUAUUUGUACUUUCUGUUUUGGCUCUCUGGUGUACAUGUUCACAUGGAUGAUUUAAUUAUAUUUGGGGAAAACACUAACUUGUCAGCAACCAAUACGAACCACGAAGUUGCAUUUUGUUUUUCUAUUUGUGGGUCAAGUUGUCAAUGCAGCACUUUUUUUCCAUACACAAAUGCCUUUUCUUUGUGUGCACAACACCAAAAACAACAAGAAAAUACAGUAUUGAAUUACAAUAAAUGAUUGUCCUGAAAGUCA